AUGAGGUAUGAUGCGAGAGGUAAACGACGUUUUACAAGGUUGCAAAAAGGUGUUGCUGCAAUCAAGCUUAUGGCUUUGGGGGAGUCGCACGAUUCUAUUGAUGACUAUAUGAGAAUGUCAGAACGAACUGCACGAGAAAGUUUGUAUAGAUUGGCGAGAGGUGUGGUCGAAACCUUCGGUGACAAAUACUUGCGCAAACCUUCAUUGAAUGACAUGCAACAACUAUAUGCGGGACAUGAAGAACGUCAUGGUUUUCCGGGUAUGCUUAGAAGCAUUGAUUGCACAAAGUGGAUAUGGAGAAAUUAUCCUGUGGCGUGGAAAUGUCAAUACACAAGUGGUCAUCUUGGUCGUCUCCGUUAG